GAGCCCGGGAACCCGCGGUCGCCACCGCGGUGGCGGCCCGAUGCUAACAGCGUCCUGGUGCCGCUUUCCUCCAGAAGCUCAGCCUGCACUGCUAGCAGCUUCUGUGUCUGCCAAGGCUUCAAAAAUCAGUGCACACCCCGAAGAGGUGUUUUUCUAAAUGGUAGCUAUGAUGAGUGGGCCCCUGAGAUGGGAGACGGGGAGGUAAAAUGCACGUUUGCUGCCCCCCAGUAACUUUGGAACAGGACCUUCACAGAAAAAUGCAUAGCUGGAUGCUGCAGACUCUAGCGUUUGCUGUAACAUCUCUCGUCCUUUCCUGUGCAGAAACCAUCGAUUAUUAUGGGGAAAUCUGUGACAAUGCAUGUCCUUGUGAGGAAAAGGACGGCAUUUUAACUGUGAGCUGUGAAAACCGGGGGAUCAUCAGUCUCUCUGAAAUUAGCCCUCCCCGUUUCCCAAUUUAUCACCUCCUGUUGUCUGGGAACCUUCUGAACCGUCUCUAUCCCAAUGAGUUUGUCAAUUACACUGGGGCUUCAAUUUUACAUCUGGGAAGUAAUGUUAUCCAAGACAUCGAGACAGGGGCUUUCCAUGGGCUGCGGGGUUUGAGGCGACUACACCUAAACAAUAAUAAACUGGAACUUCUUCGAGAUGACACCUUCCUUGGCUUGGAGAACUUAGAAUACCUGCAGGUCGAUUACAAUUACAUCAGUGUCAUUGAACCCAAUGCUUUUGGAAAACUGCAUAUGUUGCAGGUGCUUAUCCUCAAUGACAAUCUCUUGUCAGGUUUACCUAACAAUCUCUUCCGCUUUGUGCCAUUAACGCACUUGGACCUGCGUGGGAACAGGCUGAAACUUCUGCCCUAUGCAGGGCUGUUGCAACACAUGGAUAAAGUUGUGGAAUUGCAGCUGGAGGAAAACCCCUGGAAUUGCUCCUGUGAGCUAAUUUCUCUCAAGGAUUGGUUGGACAGCAUCUCCUACUCAGCCCUUGUGGGUGAUGUGGUCUGUGAGACCCCCUUCCGUUUACACGGCAGGGACUUGGAUGAGGUAUCCAAGCAGGAACUUUGUCCAAGGAAACUUAUUUCUGACUAUGAGAUGAGGCCACAGACUCCUUUAAGCACCACGGGGUAUUUGCAUACUACCCCAGCCUCUGUAAAUUCUGUGGCCACUUCUUCCUCUGCUGUUUACAAGCCCCCCUUGAAGCCUCCUAAGGGGACCCGCCAGCCCAACAAGCCCAGAGUGCGCCCCACUUCUAGGCAGCCCUCUAAAGACUUGGGUUACAGUAACUAUGGCCCCAGCAUAGCCUACCAGACCAAAUCCCCGGUGCCUUUGGAGUGUCCCACCGCCUGCACUUGCAACCUUCAGAUCUCUGAUCUGGGCCUCAAUGUCAACUGCCAAGAGCGCAAGAUCGAGAGCAUCGCGGAGCUACAGCCCAAGCCCUACAAUCCCAAGAAAAUGUACCUAACAGAGAACUACAUCACUGUUGUGCGCAGGACAGACUUCCUGGAAGCCACAGGACUGGACCUCCUGCACCUGGGUAACAACCGCAUCUCCAUGAUCCAGGACCGGGCCUUUGGGGAUCUCAGCAACCUGAGACGUCUGUAUCUGAAUGGCAACAGGAUCGAGAGGCUGAGCCCAGAGUUAUUCUAUGGCCUGCAGAGUUUGCAGUAUCUCUUCCUCCAGUACAAUCUCAUUCGCGAAAUCCAGUCCGGGACUUUUGAUCCAGUCCCAAACCUCCAGUUACUAUUCUUGAAUAACAACCAACUGCAGACCAUGCCUUCAGGUGUCUUCUCUGGCCUGACUCUUCUCAGGCUUAACCUGAGGAGCAACAGCUUCACCUCCUUGCCAGUUAGUGGAGUUUUGGAUCAGCUGACAUCCCUCAUCCAAAUUGAUCUACAUGACAACCCUUGGGAUUGUACCUGCGAUGUGGUGGGCAUGAAGCUGUGGAUUGAGCAACUCAAAGUGGGAGUGCUAGUGGACGAAGUGAUCUGUAAGGCGCCCAAGAAAUUUGCAGAGACCUACAUGCGCUCCAUCAAGUCGGAACUGCUGUGUCCAGACUAUUCUGAUGUGGUGGUUUCCACGCCCACGCCCUCUUCUAUCCAGGUACCAUCCCGGACCAAUGCAGCAACACCAGCUGUGAGGCUGAACAGCACUGGGGCCCCUGCGGGCUUAGGCGCUGGAGCCGGGGCUUCAUCAGUGCCCUUGUCGGUGCUGAUCCUCAGCCUGCUGCUUGUUUUCAUCAUGUCAGUCUUCGUGGCAGCAGGCCUCUUCGUGCUGGUCAUGAAACGCAGGAAGAAGAACCAGAACGAUCACACCAGCACCAACAACUCCGACGUGAGCUCCUUUAACAUGCAGUACAGCGUGUAUGGGGGUGGAGGCGGCAGCGGGGGUAGCCACCCUCAUGCGCACGUGCACCACCGCGGAUCGGCUUUGCCCAAGGUGAAGACUCCCGCGGGCCACGUGUAUGAAUACAUCCCUCACCCACUGGGCCACAUGUGCAAAAAUCCCAUCUACAGGUCUCGAGAAGGCAACUCCGUGGAGGAUUACAAAGACCUGCACGAGCUCAAGGUCACCUACAGCAGCAACCACCACCUGCAGCAGCAGCAGCCACCGCCGCCGCAGCAGCCCCAGCAGCAGCCCCCUCCGCAGCUGCAGCUGCAGCCUGGGGAGGAGGAGAGGCGGGAAAGCCACCACUUGCGGAGCCCCGCCUACAGCGUCAGCACCAUCGAGCCCCGAGAGGACCUACUGUCGCCGGUGCAGGACGCUGAUCGCUUUUACAGGGGCAUUUUAGAGCCAGACAAACACUGCUCCACUAGCCCUGCCGGCAGCAGCCUCCCGGAAUACCCCAAAUUCCCAUGCAGCUCGGCUGCUUACACUUUCUCCCCAAACUAUGACCUGCGACGCCCCCAUCAGUAUUUGCACCCGGGGGCAGGGGACAGCAGGCUGCGGGAACCGGUGCUCUACAGCCCUCCCGGUGCUGUCUUUGUAGAACCGAACCGGAAUGAGUAUCUGGAGUUAAAAGCAAAACUAAAUGUUGAGCCGGACUACCUCGAAGUGCUGGAAAAACAGACCACAUUCAGUCAGUUCUAAAAACAAAGAAACUCCGUUGGAGCUUUUGCGUUUGAAACAAACAAGCAAGCAGACACACUUGGUGAACACAUUUGAUUAAUUGUGUCGUUUCAACAUUUAGGGUGAAGUGCCUUGGCACGGGAUUCUCAGCUUCGGUGGAAGCUAACUGAAAGGGUGUGCAAUUUACUUUUAAUUUUACACACGGGAAACAUUUAUGUAAACUAGGCACAUCACUUUCUCUUCUUGUCUGUGGGGGAAGAGAGAAGGGCUUUGGGGAGGGCGAUUUGCAUCCAGGGUGACCUUCAACAGGUUGCGGUCCCUUUUUGCAGUGCUCUGAAGUGCUAAGAAGGGUUGGGGGUGGAAGCAGCUUAGAUUCUUCUCAUCCUUUUUGCUCCUCUUCUCAUGUCCUUCUUGUCCUUAGAGCCUUGGCAUUGGUUGAGAGAUUAGCACAUCCCAACUUUAAUAGGAAGUUUCUUCUCUCUCACUUCUCUCCCUUCCUUCCCCCUUCCACCUUCCUUCCUAAUCUUUUCCUUUGUUUUUAAAGAAUGUGUUUGUAUGCAUUCUGGACAUUUGAAUUAAAAAAAAAAAGUCUUGUGAUUCAGAAAGGCUCACUAUAGAUGUGGACAAAUCAUUAAAAUUACAGAGCUAUAUGAUCCAUAAUUGAUUAGUCAAAAUAACUUAUUGAUGAAAUAUACAAAUAUUUUAUUGUAGCACCUAUUUUUAUAUGCACAUUUAGCAUUCCUCUUUCCUUCACUAUUUAGCCUAUGAUUUUCUCAGAGGUGUUGUUGCACUGUACUACGAGCUGCAUUUCCAAAACCAGAGUAAUAUCAGAAAGGCCUAUUAAAUAUUUAAAGACAUGGAGCACUAAAUGACAAAAGUCUUUAAAAAUCUAUGAAACCCACCCAAUGGGACUCGCCAUUCAAAAAAUAGUAAACUAAAGAAUGAAGCUGUUUGUAACCUGCUGUAGAAAAGGGAGAAGAUGGAGCAAUUAUUUGGGUAGUUCCAUUGAGAAAGGUGUGGAAGUUUUUGGAUGUAUCAGAGAAGGUUGAAAAUUAUGUUUAUUAGUGAACCAAAAUGAUGUAUUGAUUUGACUACUAUUGUAGCCGAUUUUUGAUUGUGUAACCAAACCCAAUUGCAUUUGUACAGUUCCGCGUGCCCUUGCACCUCAGAAGACCAAAUGAUGGGCUGUACAAGUCUAUCCAAUGUCUUUAUCCCUCUGGGCAGAUGCUGAGGACAAACAGGAUCUCUGUAAGAUGGAACUGCUAUUGUUACAGUCUCAUAUGUAUCCCAGCACAUGUAAUUUUUUAAAUAGUUUCUGAAUAAACACUUGAUAACUAUGUCAACUUUGAGGGAUUAAAGUAAUGAUUCCGGGAGAUGGUGGGACCUUCUUAUUAAGAAUUUAGGAACAAGUAGCUCUUUUCUUCCUAGGAACACUAAGUUUCCCUGACUAUAAAAAUUUCAAUGUAUGUCCAUUAAUGCGUACGCUUACAUAAAUUUUUUCCUUCAUUGAUUCAGAGAAGUAUGUUUUUUCUGAAUGUGUCAGUUAUGUUUAUUAAUGGUAUUUUAAUUGUAUAUUUCCUCAUUGGCGUGUAAUUCUAGUACACAGAUCAUGGUAAGUAAUAAGCUAUAUUUUCAUUUCUCUUGUACAGUUUUAUAUUUUGUCAUAUUCAUGUUAUUUUAUACAGUCUGAGUCCUUCCAUAUUUUAAUUUGUAUGAAAUUGUUCAUAAAUUCUGACAUAAACCUUAUCUAAAGUUGGCAGAUGUCAUAAAUGUUUGAGAUGUUGAUGUUUGCGGAUAUUUGCUGUUCACCUCCGAUUAAGGCUUGCCAAUGAAUUUAGAAGAGCAUUUAAUGGGAGAAAAUAUUUGACUCUAUUUGAAACUUAAAAACCAAGCACUUCAUUGCUAUUACUGUUCCUCUGUUCUGUCUCAUCUAGAAUGUGGGCAAUAUCAAGGACUGUUUGAAAACUUCCUGUUUAAGGAACAAUUGCCAUGGCAUUCUGCCACAAAGAGGCAGCAGUCACCCGUGAGUAAACUGACAGAGACUACGUGAACUCAGAUUGAAAUGGUAGACCCAGCCUUCCUAAAGGAGUUAGGAAGUGAGAUAGUCAGAAUGCCGCUUUGGCCAAGAGCAGAAAGCCAUCCACUCUUCAUGUUUGCUCUGCCAAGUAUGUUUUUCCCCAAAGAAGAAAAAGAAUAAGCUUAGUAGUGCCACAUCUUAACACCAAAAUAAAACCUAUCUCAGAUUAUUGUCUACCUCCUCUUUCUAAGAUCCAAGGAUUGGAAAUCAGUAAAAAGCAGCAUUAUUUCACAUUGGUGUUGUUGCUAAUGUUUCUUUACAGACUGUGUUUUUUGUUUGUUGUUUGUUUGAGAGUACUCCUUUUUCACAGUAGUUUUGCAUUCAAAUAUGAUAGUGUUUUAUAAACUAUAAGACACUGAUGACAUAAAAAUACUUCAGUACAAUGAAGCUUUAUACCUUAAAGUAAUAAUUACUCAACUUCAAGGCACAUUGCUGAACAAUAUUAGCAAUUUCCAAAGAAAAUUCAUGGCUUAUUUUAAUUAAUAUUUUUCCAAAUCUACACUAAUUCGUGUGAUCUCAUCUGAAAAUCCCCUUUGUUGUACUCUUUCUAUAAUACAACCUGAGGUUUUUAAGAAUACAAUUUUUUAAUCAGGAAAAUUGACAAUUAUAUGUAUUAUUAGCAAAGCUACUUUAAAAUAUUUUACAAUCUUCUAAUAAAGACAUUAAAGUAAAUUAAUCUUGAUUUAGAUAAGUUUGAAAACAUAUUGUUUCAAAAUCAUUUUGCAUAGAAUACCUAAUAAAUUAUCUUUCUCUUUAUACAUGUUUCCUAAGAGUGCAUUUUUAUGCACAAUACAAGAUUAGAUGUACAUUUUCUUAUUUUGUUUUUGAUGUAUUAUCUUCAUCUUAGUUAGCUAUCAGACCAGGUAUGCAGUGGGAUGUGAUUUGUUGUGGAGCUCAGCAGAUUCUACCCAUGGAAUUUUUGGAGACCAGUGUGUUAUGUUUCUGUCACUGAGGAAAGUUUGGAUGCAAGCUAGGGUUACUCUUUGUGAUUAUUUUUUUAAAUAUGCUACAUAAUCUAAUGUAAAUAUACUUGCUGGUAGAUAUAAAUGUUAUUUUUAUUUCUCUCUGUUUAUGAUGUAAAAACUAUAAUUUCAGAUAAGUCUACUCCACAAUUUACAUACUGAUAGAAAAGUCACACAUUGCAUUAUUUAUAAAUAUUUUCACUUAAAUAUUAGCAUCAAUCUCAUAGACGAAACAAAAUUUCACACAUGAACAGUGGACCAUUUUGGCUCUCCUACAUAGGUUGUCACUCCUGUCCCCCUCUACUUUUCCUUGAUCUCACACAGAAAAAGACAAAUGAGGAUGUAGCAGGAAUAUAGACAUAUGUGGAAACACUUCCAUUAUCUUCACUAAAAAUGCACUAAUGAUUGUAUAUUUGCUAAGUAACUGAAAUUAUUAAUAUUAUUUUUCCUCAAUCUGUUACGAUUUAAUUCUCCUUACGUUUCCUUCUUCUUCAUUCUCCUCUUUUUGUUUUAUUUUUCAGUAGAGAACAGGAAUGCAUGAAAAUAGUUUGGUUUCAAGAGUGAAAAGCAAGCCAUUCAGUCUCCAGAAAUCAGUGUCUUUUCCCCCAAAUCACAAGACUGCAAAUUACUGAAAAUAAAAUGGAACAGAAGUAGGCUUUGAAUUCAGCUUUAAGCACAUUCUUGUACUUUUUAGGAAAGUCCAAGUUAAGUUCAAGUUAAGGCUGAUGAGAAAAAGAAAUUGUUUGAUGAAACUAUUUUUUUUAAAAAAUGAAUUCUAAAUAGUGAAAUCAGGUGAGAAUAGUGAAAGAAUGCCUUUAAAUACUGGCAUAUUUAAUGACUUGACUUUGAAAGUGAAAAGUACUAUUAAUGUGUUAACUAAAUUGUUAGUCCUAUUAACUGUUUAACUUUAGUUAGAGAAAGGCUAAAAGGUCUCCAGCAUUCUGCAAGUGCAAAUACGUGACAGUAACACUAAAGUGGCUGGGUAGAUAGUUAUGUGCCUAAAAUAAUGUAAUAUGCAUAUCUAAUAUGUUGAAUUUUAAUACAUUCAUUUUACCAUUACUUUAAAUCAUUUCUAAGACUUUCCUGAUAGCAUUAUCCAUAUGUAUGUCCAUGAGUGUAUGUCAUCAGGUAUAUCAUGAAACAGCAUGUGGGAUAUGGGUCAAUUCAAUUUUCAUAAGCUGUUUCUUUGGAAUUUUAAAUUAAACUUUGAUGUUUUGUGUUUUUAAAAUGUUAGAUUGGAAAGAAAUGAAUUUGAUGUAGUAUGUAUGUGUGAAACAACUAACUAUUUUUUUCUUCUCUUGUUUUUAUCAGACCAUUUGGCUCAAAAGUCACAGAUCAAAUAUAUCUAAUGGUAACUAUAUUAAAAUUAUUAUAUGAGUACUUUUAUACACAUUCCUAUGAAGAGCAACAUUUAACUUAUGAAUCUGGAGUGAUAUAAGUUAUUUUUUGUGAAAAGCUGUUGAAGAUCAAAAUAGAGAUAUUUAACAGAGAAUUGAUAUGGUACAAAUGUUAAGCAAAUUGACUUUCUCCAAUUUUGCAGCUGGUAACAUUAAAACAUAACCAUAAUUUGCAUAUUGCAAAGUAUGUCAGGUAUAGUUUUAUUAAAUAUCAGAAUGCCAAUUACUAGAUGAAACAUUAUCAUGGAAAUAUAUGUUAAAUCAAAAAUCAUGUAAUGAUUUUAGGUGGGUAAUAGUUAGUAAACAUAAAGAAAUAUAGUAUAUUUCUAGUGUAAAGUAUAAAUGUACCUAUUUAAAAUUUAGGUGUGUUUAUAAAUAUGAAAGUUUGGAGCCAGUAUAUGAUGGAUAUUUUUAAUUUAAAAUGUUCUUAGAUGAAACUAUGGCCUGCUGAGAGCUCACUAAACUUAGUAUGCUUUGAAAAAAAGGUGUUUGCAUUUUUUUCAUUGUAAGAAAUAAUUUUAACAUAUCAACUUCUUUCAGUUCAACUUAGAUCUUACUGUAAUAAUUCAAUAUUAAAUAUCACUUUUAUGACCAUACAUUGCUUUAUAAAUAUUAGGGGUUUAGAAAAUGAAUAUUUUUAACUUUUGCUUAUAAAUCAUUUUCACUAUUAAUGGCAAUUUCUAAAUUUCCCAUCUUAUAUACUUUUAAAGACUAUUUUGUAUAGUUCAUUGAAAGCUUAAUAUUGGAAAUUGACACCACACUUGCUGUAUUUUUGCAGUGUGGUACCUGUAUAUUUAAAUAAAUGUAAUAGAUAAUAUUAAUCUUAACGUAAUUGUUUAUCAAGGUUGUUUGUCAAAUACCAUUUUGCUUUGAUCAGCAAACUUCCUAGAUAUGAGCAGUCAUCCUGUUUCAUGUACCCUUGACCUGUUUGUCUUCUUCAUCCUCUGCAACCAAGAUUAGAUAGUCAUACUGAGACAGUGUAAACUCUGUAAGACUGUCAUGUUGAGACAGUAUCAGUUCUGGAAGACAUUCAUACUAAGAUAUGUCAUCUCUGGAAGACAGUCAUACUGAGACAGUGUCAGCUCUGGAAGACAGUUUUACUGAGACCAUGUCAUCUCUGGUGGACCAUCAUACUUAGACACUGUAGCUCUGGAGCACAGUCUUACUGAGACAGAGUCAGUUUUGGAAGACAGUCUUACUGAGACAGUGUAGCUCUGAAGGACAGUCUUACUGAGACAGGGUAGCUCUGGAGGACAAUCUUACUGAGACAGGGUCAGCUCUGGAGACAGUCUUACUGAGACAGGGUCAGCUUUGAAGGACAGUCAUACUGAGAUAGUGUAGGUCUGGAGGACGGUCUUAUUGAGACAGGAUCAACUCUGGAACAAAGUCAUACUGAGACAGGUUAAUCUCAGGAGGACAGUCUUACUGAGACAGUAUAGCUCUGUAGGACAGUCAUACUGAGGCAGUUAAGCUCCAGAGGGCAAUCUUACUGAGAUAGUAUCAGCUCUGUAGGACAGUCAUACUGAGACAGUGUAACUCUGGAGGACAGUCUUACUGAGACAGUGUCUGUUCUGUAAGAUAGUCUUACUAAGACCAUCUCAUAAUUGUUUUUAAUUCUUGCAAAGAGAUUCAUCUUCUGCUGUCCCCCCCCAUUUUUGAAGUUAAUGUAGUUCUCUGACUGACUAAUUAAUUUCAAUCAUACUAAUACAACCUCCUCAUCCUAAAUAAUAAAAUAAAGGAUACUUCAUCAUGCUGGCAAAACACUAAGUAAGCAAGACAAUGUGAGAGAAGAGAUGUGGAUUUUAAAUUGUCAUUAACUAAUGAUCACCCUGUAUGCACAGAAUAUUUAACAAGUGAAAAUUUUUUAGUACAUUUAAAUGAUUUGACACACUAGAGUAAAUGUAUAGCCUUCACUGUAACUUAACAAAUAUUCUUUAUACUUUUAAUAAGUCUCAAUUAAUGCAGUGGGAGACCUACAAGUUAAGUCAAGAAAAAUAUGGGAUUUAUUUUGUCAGAACAAAUUUAUUUAUCUUUCUAGACAAAUUGGAAUUGGAAUUGGUCAUCUUUUGGACUAGUGGAGUAGCUUCCAUUUGGUUUUAACCUAUCAAGUUAGUAUAAUAUUAUAUUAUCUGUUAGGCUGUAAAGGUGUUUCCAUUUUAAACAUGUUUAAAUAAAAUCUGUCCCCAUAGCACAAGUCUAAUUGGUCUUAAUAAUAAAGAACCCAGAGUCAGAUCUUAGAUGGUUAAAACUGAAAGAUCAGAGAAGCAAAGAAGUCAGUGACUAGUUCUUGCCUUUAGGAAAUCCCCAGACUGAAUGGAGUAUUCUGUCUCUACAAGAUCUCGAACUGAAUGCCUUGACUCCUAUCUCCUCUCAUCUUAUAUUCUUCUUUCCACCCAACCAUAUCACUUUCUGUCUCCACCUCCCUAGUGUUGGGAUUAAAGUUGUGUGACUCUAAGUACUAGGAUUAAAGGUGUGAGCCACCACUGCCUGGUUCUGUCUAUCUUUCAGACCUGAUAAAUCUAGUGUAGCCUAGGUUGGUUUGAACUCAAAGAAAAGGUGUGUGCCACAACUGCCUAGCCUAUAGGGUUAAUUAGUGUCUUGGUUCUGCACUCUCAUCUACAGGUAAGCUUUAUUUGUUAGAUCACAAACAAAAUAUCACCACAGUCCCUGUGAUAUAAAAAUGUGUGUGGCCAAGUCACGAUUUUGAGGUCUUGUGUUAUGCCUUGCCCAGACUGAAUUGACUAAAUAUAUGAAGUGCAAGAUUUAUUUGAUUUACAACAUGAAAAUAUCUAAAUUAAACAAAAGAAAAAUCAGGAUAUUUUUAUACUAAAAUGUUAACGUUAUGCUAGAAACACAUGCCUAAGUGUCAAGGUUACCUAUGCAGAAUGUUCUGGACUCUCUCAAAGAUGAAACAGUAAACUGCUUAGGUUAGUUAGCUGCACAGUUUCUCUAUUACAUGCUCCUGUUAUCUUAGGAGAAGCUCCAGCAGCAACAUGGAAUUUAUGUUAAUUUGUAUAGAGAAUGAUUUUUAGAUCCUAGUUUGUAUUCUUCCUUCUUAAAAAGUGUACUAAAGGCCAGCUCAAUAAUAAACAGCAAAAAGAAGCAAAAAACCCAAAUCUCUUCGAGGUAAAAGUUAACUUGGCAAAUUUGAUUCUUUAUAAUUGAUUUGUAUUAACACGAUAAUAUUCAGAGUUGCCAAGAAUGGUAUUAACUUAUUUGAACAAAAUAAUAGAAUAGGAAAUGCAUAUUUUAAUCAGUAGUAGCUAAUUUUGCUGUGAAUUGAUUGUAUAUCUACCAAAAUAAUAAUAGUGUGAUGGAACUCACAAACUUUUAAUGUAUCCUUGUUUUUUUUUUCUGAGAAUAUAAAAUUAGCAUACUAUGUAAAAUAUUUUAAAAAUUUACCUUUACUAUUUUUCUAGCAAAAUAUAUUUAUUAUGUAAAUGUACUGUGGAUGUGAUAUUUCUUUUUUCUAUUAAUUUGGAUAAUAUAACAUAACAUCUCCUUUCUUGAAUGUGAUGUAUGUUGUGCCAAAAAUAAUGAUAUUACAUUUACAAUUAUUGACUGUCAUUUUACAAAACAUUGUGAUGGAUGGCUAAAAGAUAAAUUCAGGAAUUUUCCCCCAUGGUGUGUCCUUUGCAACUUUGGUAAAAACAUCACAAUUUAAUUUGA